AUGGUGGCUGCAACCUUUGUGAUGAAGUCGCUCUCUUUGCAUGAAAGUGACAAGGAUAAGCAAGUUCUCUCGGUAGGACUUGGUGGAGGAAGCUUCGAUAUGGGAUUGCAUCGAAUCAAGCCCCAUGUCAACAUUACGGUCAUUGAAUUGGAACCGGUAGUGAUGAAAUUGGCAUUCAAAUGGUUCGGAGUGGUCGAUUCGGGAACUCAUCAUACAAUUUUGCGGGAUGGAAUAAAGUUCGUAGAUGACUCGCUCAGCCGAGGAAGAAAAUUCGACGUUGUUGCUCUUGACGCAUGUGGUGAGCUGUCAGACACGGUUAUAUGCCCUGCUAAACCUUUUCAGAAUAUGGAUAUCCUGGAGAAAAUCAAGGACAUUCUCACUCCGACAGGAUCAUUAGUUGUAAAUCUUCUAUCCAUGGAACACAGUGCUCAUAGUGACUAUGAGUGGACAAAGGCGCUCAAGCUGUUUCAGUCAGUUUUCGAAACAUGUGUGUUGCUGGUUAUGCAUAGCACGGUCUUCAUGUUCAGGCACAAGACCUGUGCAACUUUAGAUGGCAGAAGAAUACGAAUCGAUAGAAUGUGUCCUGAGAACUCCAAUCUUUGCUUCAACGUGUAUAUGAUGAAGAUGACAAUUCGAAAAAAGAAGGAAGAAAUUGUUCGACUUCUGAAAUACGAUGGUCGUGGAGGAGAUGGAGAUGAUUCUGGUGAUACAGCUGUCGUCAUACGACCACCUGUUGGUGAGAAACACUGA